ACUUUCAGACCAUAUAACCUACAUUUCCGACUAUAGAAAAUACUCACAAUAAACUUGGAUAUUAGAUAAAGUGAUAGAUAAAUAAAAAGUUGAGAUCUGAUAAAGGGAGGAAAAGGGAGAACAGCGGUCGUUGUGUGCAAGAUGGCGGCGAGACGAGGCUGUGAGAUGGCACUGAACUCUGCUGUGAAGAGGUAUGCAGUGGUGGGCCUGAGGAGUGCCCUUGGAGGCCAGCAACAGGUGGCAGCAGCCUCUUCACUCUCCAAGAUUGGUAACAGGGAAGUGGUGGGCUUUGGCUUAAAUGGCACGCCCAGCUACAUCGACCGCGUGGACAUCCCCAUGCCUGCCAUCCGCUUCAAGGAGAACACCCCGGACGUCAUGGCCCUCCGGGAGAAGGAGAAGGGUGACUGGAGUAAGCUGACCCUGGAGGAGAAGAAGGCCCUGUACCGCGCCUCCUUCUGCCAGACCUUCGCUGAGGUGAAGGCACCAACCGGCGAGUGGAAGAGCAUAUUGGGCAUCAGCCUUCUCGCCUCCUCCCUCGCCAUCUGGCUGUUCCUCUUCAUGAAGGCCACCGUUUAUGAGCCCAUCCCAGACACAUUCUCUCAGGAGAAAAUGGAAGCCCAGCUCAAGAGAAUGAUUGACCUGCGUGCGAACCCCGUGCAGGGCACCUCUUCCCACUGGGACUACGAGAAGGGUGACUGGAAGUAAACCCGUCCCUCGCCCCGCCCCACAGCCCUCUGCCUCGCCGCCAUCCUCGUAUAGGUACCAACAUGUAAAUUCAUUUUAAUCUGUUCCAUAUGACAAGGUGCCUGUACCUAGAAAAUAUUCAUGUUCUGUCUGCAGUCAUCAGUUGACUUGUUCAAGUACCACAAAGUAACUUUGGGGCAUAAUACUAAAUUGUAUCUCCUGCAUUCAUGUCAUUGAAUUUUCCAUCUGUAUGUAUUUCAACACAAGGAAUGGACUUUGCAUACUGUUUAAUUCACUCCACUUCAUAUUCCAACAUGUAAAUACAAAUAAGGGAGGCACCUGGAUUUUGCCUGUAGCAUGGAAGCAAAAGGCAGCUCCCAGUGUGUUAUUAAAUGAUAUUUUUCAAACCCUCUUAACUGUUUAUAUCUGGCCUGUGUGGAGUGUUUAAUAUCUGCAGUGAGAUCAUUUACAAAAAAAAAAAAGACAUUUGUGCAGAGAAAGAUGUAAUUUUAGCUUAUUUUUACUUCAAAGAUUACCCCAUUAACAGAUUUGUUCUUGUCAUAAACUGAUACAUUUGGUCGGGGUCACACACUAUUUUCUCCCCUCGCCCCCUCACCCUCCCCACACAGACCCCCA